AUGAAAGCUUUGGUUGGCACUCCGAGGCGGUUUCGAACCAUCGAUAGUGCAGUAACAGCUGGACCUCUUACGUUACGUUACGCCCGCCACGUACAGAAAGAUGAGCAAGAGGUGAACGAUGUUAUUUUCCAUGGGACAUACAACAAUCAAGGAGUUCGUCUCCUUGAUGGAUUACAAUGGCAAGGCCAUCUAAUGGAAGACAUGUUCAUAGAAAUUGAAGAAACUGUCUGUUUUAUUGCUUCGUUCCUAUACGGAAAGAUUCCAAGGAGCAGAGUGGACUCGUUUGCCGAAGCUGUGGCGAAUGGUCUAGUGAGUCGAAUUUACGUCCGAGCCGAACCACUCAAAUCGUACUCACUUGUAGUGAAUAUGGAUGAAAACAAAGACAAUCUCAUCGAAGAGGCGGCUUCGUGCGCUUUCAUCUCUCCAAGCGAAUUGAGUGAACUGCUUCCCGCCAACCUCUUGCUCGAACUGCGCGAAGGAUCCGUGCAUGCAGUGAAUGCCGACACCGGGAACGUGAAAUGCAUUUAUCCUGCUCCUGGAAGUUCAAACGAAAUACAUCGUCGCAACGGUCGUCGUGUACCAUGCAAAUCUGUCGACGCUCGACGACGCCCCUUCUUCCGAGUUGAAUUCGCCUAUCCCAAAGGCAGUGAACGCGAUGAAAGAGCUGUUGCUAAGCCGAAUUUUGAGGUGGAACGUAGCGAGCAGACCUACUCCGCUCAAGCAUUCGCUGCAACUCGCUUUGGAUCGACGAAACUGAAAACGUAUCAGUCAACGCAGUGUGGCGAAAACGGCUAUGGGCACCAUCCAUUCACAAUGCCGUCGGUUUAUGCUUACUUGAGAUUGCUUGUGUUUCUGAAUGCGAUCGCAUGUGCGACGAUGACGGGAGGUGUGGAAGAAGAUUCUGACACGCAUAAAACUGAAGAGUACUCGGACGAAGAGAAGAAGCGAGUGUUGGAGGAUGCUCAAGGUGAUCGCGCAAGUAGUGGGUUCGUAGAUGAUGACGAGCUUAGCGACCGUCGCAUACUCAUGAGAAGUUUGCAGUUGGUGACCUUGCUUUUACAGCUGUCAACGAGAAAUCGGAGAAGAGUUGCUGAGCAAUCGAAUGUGAGCGCCGUUGUUCGUCGAGUCCAAAAUGGUUAA